CCUUCAUAGUAUACACACUUUUUCAUCCAUAAAUACACUUCUUCAUUAUCGUGUGUCCUCCACACUCUCAUCAUUCAAUCUUCCUCUAAAUAUAUCUUCUAUUUUAUUUUCAUGGCAUCCAAUAAUUCAUCCAUGAACCAAACAAAAUUUGUACAUCAAAAUAGUACUAACAAUGAACAAAAUGCAACACUAGAGAUCAUUGAAAGCAAUGAAUUUGAUUACUCAAAAAGAUCACAAUGGCUUCGCGCCGCGGUUUUAGGAGCUAAUGAUGGAUUAGUUUCAACAGCAUCACUAAUGAUGGGUGUAGGAGCAGUAAAACAAGACAUAAAAGCCAUGAUCUUGUCAGGUUUUGCUGGACUUGUAGCUGGUGCUUGUAGCAUGGCAAUAGGUGAGUUUGUUUCGGUUUAUUCACAACUUGACAUCGAAAUCGCACAAUUAAAAAGAGAGAAAAAUAUUGAAAGAGGUGAUAAUAUUGAAGAGGAAGAUGUUAUUGAGAAAGAAAGUUUGCCAAAUCCUUUACAAGCAGCAGCAGCUUCAGCUUUAGCAUUUUCAAUAGGUGCAAUGGUGCCACUUCUUGCAGCAUCUUUUAUUAAAGGUUAUAAGGUAAGGGUAGGUGUUGUUUUGGGAGCUGUUAGUUUUGCUUUGGUUGUGUUUGGUUGGUUGGGAGCAGUGUUGGGUAAGGCUCCAAUUUUAAAGUCAUGUUUGAGAGUCUUGCUUGGAGGUUGGGUUGCUAUGGCUAUUACUUUUGGGCUAACAAAGUUGAUUGGGUCAAGUGGGCUUUAGAUUAUUAAUUAUGUUUAAUUAAGUAAACUAAUUAAUGUGUACUAUAUGAUUAUCUCACUUCUCUUAGAAAGCCUCCUCAUCUUUUUUGGGUUUUUGGAAGAAAUGAGGUGAAAGUUAUAUAGAAGAAAGUUUGCCUUGUGUAAUAAUAAACUAAACAUAAAUGGAAAUGAGGUUGUUAAAACCUUUUAUAUA